GACUUUGAGCGCCAGUGAGUAAUAUCAGUCAUUUCAUCUUCCGCAGCAAAGGAUUGUUCAUUUGCAAACGAGGGAAAAAUAAAAGAUUGUGCUCGUCAGGUCCAAGUGGGAAGGUUUCGUGCCUACUUGAGUAAGCAUUUUGCUCUCGUAUCGAGUUUCGAAAAUCCACGGAGAAAAGUGCCCGCUUCGUCUUUUGUCCAUAUGCGUGGUUUGGUUCAAAAGCUGGAGCUGAACGGAAAAUACGGGGGGGUCGCGGGUGGCGUUGAUAACAGGAGGCGAGACCCGUUACGAUUCGAGACGGUUACAGUGAUGAAGUGAGAACAAAGACACUAAGCUGAAGCCGGAAAACACGGUAUAAUUAGCGGACCUGAACGAAAUUUGUAGGGGCCUACCCCACCCAAUAGAGGUGUUCGAAGCAGAUGUUACUGCGGAUGCGGCGGCGAUUUUCCGCCCGUGUCUCGUCGCAUUCCAAAGCCGUCUCCAGACCAUACCGCAGGACGGAAGCAGGUACCUGCUGGUGAAGGACGUUGCGUUUAUAGUCGAACUCGGGCUCGCCAAGUGUGAGAGUCUCAACUCUAGCAAUGUGUUCCCCGCCAGCCGACUGGAAGAGGUGAUGCAGUAUUUCUUCGAACGUGCCGCGGAAGUCACGCCGGAGACGGGCCACCUGGCUAGAUACUUUCCCCCACAAAAUUCCGGCUCUGCUCUCUGUCCCUACUACCUGUGCUACACGUUUGCAGCGCUUGAUCUGAGCGAGUUGCACUACAGCAAAGUGGGCGAGUUUGACAAAUUGGACACCCUCUGCAGACAAUGGCUAGCUCGGCAUGAACAGCGCACAGAAGCCAUGACGCAGCGCGGUGAGCGUGAUUCCUGUGGAUCCUAUCACCGCAGGAGAUUUGUGAAAGUGCAUGCGUGCGCACUCCACGGACUUGAGAGGCACGGCGAAGCCCUGGACCGCCUGGAAGAAGUUUUGCGAGUACUGGAGGAAGAAAAGGCGGCCGAGCACCAGAGGAUACUCGAGGAACUCUAGAAGCAGUGCCCCGUGAACAAUACGUGGAAACGUAGCUGCGACAUGUGGUGGGCAGCUUAGUGAAUACCCACGACCACAGUCUGUCUUCGAGGGGAAACGAGCACGCCUGUCGAAACACCCACUGCGCGAUCUGCCUCGAUUCAUUGGGUGCGGACGGUUUUGCUCUACCAUGUUUUGACGGCGUCCACAACUCAUGUCAUGAUCAGUAUAUACGAAAACUCCUUGGGGAAAGCGCUCGAGCGGCAAGCCGUGGAGCAGAAAUCACCAACCGAGCUUCUUGUCCAGCGUGUCGCGAUGAGGGACGAAAUUCAAACAUGGGUCAAGGGUUUCAACGUGCAAUAGAUGCUGCACUGCGAGGAGCUGCCAGGAGAAGAGUGGCAGGAGUUUCCAGGUAAGUAGGCAAACAAACCUUCUAGUACGAACUUCUACAAGAUUCUUACUAAGUUAGGCAUGUAGGCCAGUCUUCGUGCGCAAAAGGAUUUUUUGCGUGUUUUUGACUAUCAUGAUUUUUUUAUUUUGUUGCUUCACCCAAAGCGUUGUUAUGCAAUUAAAAGCGACAAGACAAAAUUGGUGAUGUGUUGACGGAAAGGGAGCAAUCCAGUCUUUUU